AUGCCGGUUCGAGACCGGACCCGUGUGGUCUCUAUCGCCGGGGUUGCUGGAGGUGCUCUGGCACUCUUUGCUUUUGUUUUGCGUAUGAUCGCAAGGCUGCCAUGCUGUGGCGGUCAGUUUGGGAUGGAUGACUUGGCAAUGAUUGUAACGAUGAGCCCCAAGAUCUACUUCUAUGACGAACUAUUGUAUCUCAGUAUCAUCCCACUGACCAAGAUUUCCAUCUGUCUCUUCUACCUGCGUGUGUUUCCGGCGCGGCCUUUUCGAAUGAUGACAUACAUUGUCAUAGGGCUAAACACAGGGUUCCUGAUUGCUUUUGUCUUGAUCUCGGUCUUUCAAUGCAGACCCAUCAAGGGCGCCUGGCUGCACUGGGACGGGGAAGGCCACUACUCGUGCAACAACAUCAAUGCCCAAGGCUGGUCUGCAGCAGCCAUCAACAUGGUCCUGGAUCUCAUUGUUAUGGCGCUGCCACUGCGCGAGCUGUAUCGGCUCAAUCUCUCACUGCGCAAGAAGCUUUUUGUCAUGUCCAUGUUCAGUCUAGGAAUCUUCUUCCAAGCCGAGCGGGACUCGGUCAGGGAGAGCUGCUUCCAGAGGGGAGGGAAAUAUUCUCAAUCGUCCGAGCCUGAGCGCUUGGCCAGAAGGAAAGUUUGUGCCGUUGGUGGACUUGGAACAUCCCCCAAGAGACGCCGGUCGCCCAGCAUGAUAUGGACGGCGUCUGGACGAAAAUCCCGCACGUCGUAUUGCAAAUAA